GCUGGAAGCUACUGGUUCAGCCUUUAAAUACAGUCACACCAAACUCAGGCUUUAAGACGAGCUGGUGCAUCGGCGUCACACUGCAUUGGAAAGGAUGAAGGCUCUCUUAUUCACCUGUUUGCUGGUGCCGUGGCUGGUGGCAGCCUCAGCCAAGCGGUUUGACCGUAACUCACAGCUGAUACCGGGAUCUCUACCUGGCAGGGAGCUGAACGGAUACUUCAUUGACCAUUUGAAAUCGAGGAGGGCUAGGAGGGCGCUACCUCUUGCUGAUGAACCUGAUGACAGCCCAAUCGAUGAGGGAGGAGACACCUCUGACCUGCCCACCUGCCUGCUGUGUGUGUGUCUGACUGGUUCAGUGUACUGUGAGGAGGUCAGUCCAGACAUGACCACAGUUCCCACCUUGCCUAAAGAGACGGCCUAUCUGUAUGCCCGCUUCAACAAGAUCAAAAAGAUCAGCACCAAAGACUUUGCUGACAUUGUGACUCUGAAGAGGAUUGACCUGACGGGGAACUUGAUCUCAGAGAUUGAAGACGGGGCGUUCUCUAAGCUAACCCUGCUGGAGGAAUUGUCUCUGGCUGAUAACAGACUGGUCAAACUUCCAAUGCUCCCUGCCAAACUCACAUCCUUCAGCGCCAACAAUAACCUCCUCAAAACCAGGGGUGUCAAAGCUAACAUUUUCAAGAAAAUGAAUAAGCUGGCCACCCUGUACCUGGCCGACAACCAGAUGGAAGCUGUUCCAAUCAUCCCAGAUAAUGUCCGGAUCUUACAUCUACAGAACAACAACAUCACUGAGGUCAACAAAAACACCUUCUGCAGGUCCAAUGACACCUACUACCUACGGCCGAGCCUCAGUGAGGUCCGCAUGGACGGCAACCCCGUGGUGCUGUCUAAGUACCCUGACAGCUUCACCUGUAUGAAGGUACUGCCUAGCGGACGGUACCGCUGAGGAGGCAGAAACUUUACUGUAGCCCCUUUGUUGCUAAUGGAGCAGUUUUCCCACAACAGAGUGCUGGGGGGAUACCGUGACGUUCUGGAUUUUGGGGUGCUGGUCCAAUGGUGGGGAUAAAGGUGUCAAUGUUUUUACUUCAGCAAACCUACAAACAGUUUGUGACAUUGUCAGGUCUAAAUUAAACCAUUCACUGGACUAAAGGUGUAGAAUUUAAUAAGUUUUUCAACUCUGCACAUGAGUUGUUAAGAGCCACAGUCACAUUAAUUAGUGCAAAACCACCUAAGAAGGGCUGUGAAGGCCUCAAUAUGCUUCAAACUAACUUUUGUCUGACCAUGUCUAAAUUCAGUGUUUCUACUAGUUGUGAAUAUCCUGAAAGGCGGGGAGAUUAGCAGUCAUAGCCUCCUCGUGACUGCCUCACACUGCCUCCGUGAUCUCUCUCCAACAACUUUGUGUCUUCUGAAUCACAUUAUAGUAUUGACACGUUGAAUCAUACAAAUGGGGAUAAUGGCACACACCUUCAGACAAUCUCUCCUAACAGGCAUUUAUGAUGUUACACUCGGAUGUUCCUCAGAAAAGUAAUGAAACAGCUUAAGAAAGAAGUUCAAACCCCGCCUACUUUCACCCCUCCGCCACACCUGGCCAAUUACAGCAUAAAGUAGGCGCGUUUGCCAGAUUGUCUGUUUCGGACAACAAAAUUUGUUCAACACAGCCUUCCAUUCCGCCAUUGGCAAUGGGGCUUCAGAACACUUUGUUUGAAGCACACUGAAGCCUUGACAAUGGGACUGAAAGUGACAAAUAGCCUAAAAGAUUGAGGCCACCUGUUCAGAAAACACCACAGGAGAAGUGCCUUCUGAAUAUCCUUCCCACGGGUGACGUAAUGACAGUAGAACUGAUGUAACUCCUUAAAUGAGUGGGAAGCAUCAACACCUCUACAACAGCAGUCCAAUUUAUUGUUUCAUUUUGACCUGACGCUGUACUACCUAUAUGAAUGAAACUGCACAAACUGCUUAUGACUUUGAACCAACACACACACACACACAAACGCUGCCACAAGCCAACAGGCUUGCUUGUAACUGCCUGUAUUUAAAAACACAACAGGCCAAUGUUUUCACACUCUUUGUGAAACUAAUUUUAAAAUAGAAGUAUUUUGUUACUAUAAGUACUAAAGAAGAUAAAAGAUAUUACUACAUCCUUCUAGAUAUCUUUGCUGCUUUUACUGACCUAAACAAGUAUCUUGUACUAGUAUAAAACCUCUCAUUUCAAGGUUUUACAUUCAAUUAAACAACAAAAUGUUUUAGAAUACUACAAGUAAAACGUCAAACGCAUGCGUUUAACGGGCCCCCAUGUUUUUUUUAGCCUUGCACAGCCAGAUCACAGUUUUCACCUUGCUCAUUGUCGGUCAUCAGGAAUUUAAUUUGGACAGACGUCCAUGAAAUAAUGAAAGAAUAAAUGAGUUAAGUGCAGUUUUUGAUUAAGUGUAUUAAUGUUGCAUGUUUCAUUUUAAAAUUUCCAGACUAAAAUUGUAGGCUGGCUUUGAGGCUAACACAUAAUGUUAAAAAAUAGUAAACAUUUUCAAUA